AUGUUUGGCAAUCAAUUUCCGCUGCUGCUGCUGUUCGGCAUAGUACUGGUCGGGUGCGCUGUGGCAGAAAAAUCCGCCACCCCUAAAUCCAUAAAGGCGCACGAAACGGAUACGGCCUCCCAGACGGUGCAGGCCGGAAAAGCGAUCCGGCUGGGAAAGGCGAACAAAAAGUCCACUCCUAUUACGUACAUCAAGACGCUCGCCAUGGACAGCACGUCCAAUGAGCUGGACGGUCACCACGCUAUGCACAGGAACGCUAAUCGAUUCGCACCGAAAUCGCUGGACGUUUCGUCCAAGAAGGACCUGAGCAAUGCCGAGCUGUUCGGCAAACUUGGCUUGGGUAAGGUACGUCCCGCUACCAAUCAUCACAAGAAACGCCUGGCGGAGGAGUCACGGCACUACGGACGGCCAGACGAUUCGCACAUGUAUGUCAUCAAGCUGCCCCCGAACCCGUACUACUACACAAAUAACGCCCCACUGAACAGUAUUUCGGACGUUGGCAAACAGGUCCCGGUUGGAUUUAAAUCGAAUGGUAAACCGGCACGCAUCUACCACUGGAACAUUCCGGUGCUGAAGAAGAUGCUCGGUGCGAAACAGAGCCGUCAUCCAAACUCGCGCCGCCAUGAUGACAUUGAUGAGCUGAUUGACAUUAAGGAAAUUCCUACCUGGAGCAAACCGUGGGAGGGUGCACCGCGCGAAAAGUCACUGCUCAAGAUGGGUUCGCACGAGCGGGAGUCAGAGUCGCGGCUGGCCAAACGCAAGUUCCCCACGUAUUACGCACCGGCGAAGAAGCAAACCGGUGGAGGAAAAUCGAAGAAGCACACCGGUGGCAAAUACAACACCGGUAGCAAUGGCAAACCGCAAAGUUUCUACAUACUGGGCGACAAGAGCAGCAGAACGAAGAUCAUGAGUCACCCGGUGGUUGGUGUGUAAACGGGGUUAGUGCUAGUAGAUGA